CAUGUCAAUCCUUCAUUUCUUAUCAUAACUUUGAUUUCGGUCAUUCUAAUAAUUCCAUUACAAAUUCAUGAUCCAUGGCCUCCAAUUUUCUCACUUUCCUAAUUUUUAAUCACAAACAAACUUUCAACUCUCAUGGUGGACAAGCACUUGAUUAUCUAUUAACCCAUGCUUAUUAUUGGGUUAAGCUUAACAAAGUGGAUCUGUAAACUUUAGGAUCAUGCUCAACAACACCAUCCUAUACUACGUACAUAUCUUUCUUUUUUUUUAAAAAUAAAAAAAAAAAAAAAAAAAAUAGUGAGCCUAGUUCAUUUUCCUCCUAUUUUUACUCCAUUUCUUUUUAUUCAACUCAUAUUAAACCCGGGAAAAUUGGAAUAUGCAACUGUUAGUCAACUAGUAGAUUGAAUUUUCUCAGGACCUUCGUCAUCAAUUUCAAACGAAUAUCCAUAUUAUAUUUGGAUUUUCUCCCAAAAAAUUCCCCCAUUCUCUCUCUUAUCAAUCAAAAUCCAAUUUUCAAGCUUUCAACUCAAUUUCCAGUUAAUCUGAGCUUAACCCAGAAGAGAAAACCCAUUGAAUUGAAGUGGGUAUGAAUUCAAUUUUGAAAAAGAUGAAGUUUUCAGCGUUAAUUUCAGUUGGGGUUUUCUUGUUAGCCCUAUUUUCUCUCUCCUCAUCAACUGCAAUGGCGAAGGAAGAGUGUAAGGCUUGGCUGGUUCAAUCAAUUCCCACCAACAUGCCUCAUCUUUCUCUCGUUCCUGGUGUUCUUUCUACUGCUGAUGUAUCCCGGUGGCUGGCUGGUAAUUCAACUAAAAAGCUGGAUAUUAUGGCACAAUACUGGCAAUUGGUUGCCGGGCCAGAUAAUCCUCUUUCAGGGGAUUAUGGGUACUCAGAAGAAGAAAUGGAUAGAUUUGGUGCUAAAGAAGGUUUUAGUGUAUAUAAAGCGAUUGAAAAUGCUGCUGACCGCAAUGUCAAAGUCAGGCUUUUGCAGCACUCAGGCGUGUAUCCUGAUUAUACCAAAGAGCCAUCUGACCUAGCGGCAGGAAGACCAAAUGUCGAGAAUGUUACACUAUUACUUGGCAAUUGGUGGGGGUCUGGCAUAGUCCAUGCUAAAGUUUGGAUAUCAGAUGAACGUAAUGUAUACAUUGGAUCUGCCAAUAAUGACUGGAAAUCACUCACACAGGUUAAAGAAGCUGGUAUCUAUAUUGCUGAUUGUCCAAAAAUCGCCAAGAAUGUUGAGAUUUACUAUAACAACUUGUGGAUGCUUGGUUCACUGAAUCCAUCAGCACAUACUACAACAACAUGGGAUCAACAAUGGCAGAUUAAUAGAACAGUUCCUUGCUGGUCACAUUUUGUUGUUCAAGAAGAAAGAUGCAAAUCUCCUCUUCCUCAUGUUUAUGUUAAUACCAAUCAUGUAUCUGGAUACCCUUUGCUCUCUGAUCCAUAUAUGUUUCAGCUACCUCUUCAGACUCCUGGAUACAGCAACAGUUCAACGCCCCAGCAUUCUUCUAGCUAUCUCUCUUUUGCUCCUCCCGAGCUUUCUUUUGGAAGAUUCCAGACAGAUGAACAAGCAUGGUUAGAUACCAUAAAAUCUGUAGGAACUGGAGCUGUUGUUAGGAUCAGUACGAUGGAUUGGCUUGGUCAGUCUCAAUAUACAGAACAAACUGUUUACUGGUCGGCUCUUUCAUCUGCUAUAUCAGAGGUUGUAUUCUCAAAGAGGGCAACAGUCCAGCUCCUUGUGGCACGAUGGGCACAUUUCAUCAACAACACUGAUAAUUAUUUGAAAGCUCUACUAUACACUAAUGUCAUGUGCCAUUCAUCACCAUAUAAUCACUGCUCGGGCAAAGUGGAAAUCAAAUACUACGAGGUGCCUGGUUACAAUUCAACUGGGCCAGCUAUUAGCAAUGGCACUAGUUCAGGGAACCUGUACCCUGGUUACACGAGAGUGAAUCAUGGGAAAUAUGCUGUCAGCGAUGUGAGAGCUCACAUUGGGACAAGCAACCUCGUAUGGGAUUAUUUCUAUGCAACUGCCGGUGUCAGUUUUGGCACGUACAACCCUGUCAUUGUUUCCCAACUUCAACAAAUCUUUGAUGCUGAUUGGAACUCCCCAUAUGCUGUUUCUGUCAAACCACUGCAAGAAGUUAAUUCGUAUUCAAGCUGGUGAAGUUCAUACCAGCAGGAAUGAGGAUAGAAAACUGAGGAGGCAGAUAAAGGGAUGCUCAAAGUUUGACAUUCAAUCGGCUUAAGAAUCCACCCUAGUCGAUUGGCUACUUUGAGCUUAGUUCCUCACAUUCGAUAAGGUUCGGUCUUGAUGCAGAAUGAAAAAAAGACAGGAAGCAGUUUGUGCACUUAUUCAUCUUUCCUAUUCUUUUUCAGAAGCUGCAAGAUAAGUUGGGAUUGUACCUUGACUUCGUUGCUCGUUUACAUGCAGAAGUUAAAAUGUCUUCUUUUUUUUUUUCUUUUUUUUUUUUUUUUUUCCCUCUCAAGCACGCAGUUCAGGUAAAACAAUUACUAGUAGUCAAGAUAAUGAAUAAUGACAUUCUUUUUCCCUCUUAAGGAUGCAAUUCAGAAUAAAUAGUUAGUCGUUGUAACUUUUGCCACUAAAGGUACUUUGCCUUCAUUUUGUGAUUAUUUCUAAGCAAAAACAUUAGUCCAGUUAGGUCUUGUAUGAUUCCUCUCAACGUUUAUUUUCCAAAUAUUAAAUUUUAAUAAUUUUUUGUUUUACA